AUGUCGCCUACACCUACCUUAUCGCAGCAGUCCGAUCAAAUUGCCAGACAUGAGUCAGCAGGCCGGCUAUCAGGGCGCACAUGCAUGGUCACUGGAGGGACGUCCGGCAUUGGCUAUGCCAUCGCUGAACGCUUCUUGCUAGAAGGCGCCUCGACUAUCAUUCUAGUUGGCAGAUCAGAGGAAAGGCUACGAAGGGCCGCUGAGAAGCUCACGCCAUCCACGAAACUCAGCACCACAUCACAGAAAGUUCAAUUGCUUGUUGGGGAUGUGGGAGAGGCUGGGGGAUGGAUGCGGGAACUGGAACAAAAUAUGGCCAAUGUAGACGUGCUCGUCAAUGCAGCAGGCAUAUCAGUGUCCAAUCUUCUGACGAAACUAGACUUGUCCGACAUCUCCAGCAUUCUUCGCACGAACUUGGAAGGCGCCAUACUUACCUCGCGCGCAUUCUUACGCGCUGCUAUCAGAAGCAGAGUUCGCAAUCGCAAAGCUUCCCCGUCUGAAGGAACACCAGCCUCAAAGUGCAUUAUCAACAUAUCGUCACUCUUGGCACUCAAGGCUGGGACUGGCGCAGUGCCAUACGCUGCAUCCAAGGCGGGGCUUUUAGGUCUGACACGAGCGUUAGCCGCAGAGAAUGCUACGUCUUCCAGGAAUAUGGCGAUUCGGUGUAAUGCGAUUGUCCCGGGGUAUAUUGCGACUCCCAUGAUCGAGGGCUUUUCUCCUGGCGAGGUCGAGAGGCUAACAAGCUUGAUCCCUCUUCAACGUUUUGGGGAUCCAAAGGAAAUCGCCGAUGCGGCGGUCUUUCUGGCCCAGAACGAAUAUGCCAAUAAUUGUGUAUUAAAUCUCGACGGGGGUCUAAGUGCAGUUUAG